AUGGGGAUAAAACAAAAAAAAUCAUCGAUGAAGAAAAAGACUGCGAAAAAACGAAUACUUCCUAUAGCGAAGCGCGGUGGUAUCUUACCCAUUUUACCAUUAUUUGGAGUUCUCGGUUCGUUGGCUGGCGGAGCAGCGGGAUUCGCGAAGGCGGUGAACGAUAGCAAGGCGGCGCAACGUCAGCUCGAAGAAAUGCAGCGUUACAAUCCAUACGCCAACACAACGUUUGGAUAUAGCGACGAGAUAUGGAUACCGAUACAACAUCAAGAUUUGUACACGUUACCAUGUGUAAGUUUUCUAUACGUCGAGGGAAAGUUGAGGGUGCGUAAAGUAGCUGAAGGGGGAAGAGUGGUAUUGGGAAACAAUUGUGUCGCGUUUAUGUUUGAUGAACUUCGAUAUGAACUCGACGGUGUGGAGAUUGACCGCAACAGAAACGUUGAAAUAAUUUCCACGAUUAAAAACUAUGUCUCUCUAACAGCCGAGAAAGGUAAAAUCUUGGAGAAUGCUGCGUGGAAUAUGUCGCACAAUGCUGCUUACUUCAAUUUUUGCGUGCCGCUAAACCUACUAUUGGGUUUUUGCGAAGAUUAUAAGCGAGUUGUGAUCAACGCUUGUCACGAAUUAGUUCUGAUACGUUCGCGCAACGACAACAAUUGCAUAUUUGGACAUGCUUCGGCUGAAGCUGAUAUCGAAUUAUUCAAGACGCAAUGGCCUAUGCCUCAUGUAAUAUUGAGCGAGGUCAAUAAACUAUCCUUGCUACGCGCGGAAAGCGGGCGAUACUUGAAUAUGAGGUUUCGCUCUUGGGAUCUAUACGAAUUUCUUCUGUUGCAUAAUACGACUAAGCAUUCGUGGACUGUGAAAGCCGCCUCUCAGCUGGAGAAGCCGCGAUACGUGAUCUAUGCGCUGCAGACUGGCAGAAAAAAUGCUGUGUCAAAAGAUAUUACUACAUUCGACGACUGCAAAUUGACCAAAUUAUUAUGUCAAAACAAGAAAAUGGCGCCAAUGACGCGGUUUGACGGUAACUACAUUGACAGCUAG